AUGUCGUCCGUAGUAAAAUGGUCGUGUCUCCUGGCGCUGGCGGUCCUGCUGUUCGACGCCGGGCCCGCCGUCGGGUCCGCCGUUCCGCGCGCGCCGGUCGCGGCCGGGGCGAUCGGGUCCCGGCGAAACGACCCGCCGUGCGCGACCGCGACCGAAGGCCCGGCGACGUGCCUGUUCAAGGGCCUGCUGAAAAACGCGCUGCUGUACGCGACCCGCCGCCGGCAAGCACACGACACCGGCGGCGCCGGCACCGCCUUGCGUCCCAAAGGCAUCGAGGACUACCUGUUCGACCAGAUUCAAAACCUAAUUGGACUGUUCUCGUUCGGUUUCGAGUUGCCCGCCGAAGUCACGGCCCCGUGGACGAUGCUCAAGUCGUCGUUGUUUAACGGUAAGUGUCGUGUAAACCGAACGGACAAUACGGGAAAUGAAUCUAUAAUAUUGCAAUUGGAAUUCGAACGUCUCUAGCGCCCGUCCGUCUACAUGUACCGGGUGGUCCAUUUAGGCGGGCACACUCAUUGUCUUGGAAAUUAUUGACAUUUUUCGGAAUUUGUUUUCUAGAACACUUAAGAAAUAAGCAGCUCUACAGUUUUACAUUUUUUUUCACCCUUAUUUUCGGGGGUAGGACGACUGCCAGCUACUUUUGAUUUUCAAAUGGCAACCUAUGUUAAAAAAAAUCCAUAAACAAAUGCAACAUUAGUUUAAAUAAAUUUCGAUGUUGACAUUUUUGAUUUCCGUCAAGCCGUUAACGAGAUAUUCCGCUUUCAAGUUUGGAUCGUAUGAGAAUAGUGGUGCAUUAUUAACACGCCGUCCGCCGUACCGCCAUUAAGAAUUAAUGUAAUUAAAAUAAAGAAUAAUCCGUAUCAAUUUCGAUAAAAAUGAUUGCAGCGAAUUUUAUGAGCUGCUGAAGAUAUUAAUUUUAAUUAUAAACAAUAUCAUGUACGGUACAGUUUUAUAAAUUACUACCAGAAGAAUUAUGAAAAAGACAUAUUAUUUCAAUUUCACAAAACACAUAUUUUAACCAAUUACAGCAAAAUAAAUAAUCAAUAGCUAAAAUACACCUUACCCGCACAUAGUACCUAUUGUAAUACAAUAAGACAAAUUACUAGCAAAACAUAAACAUAACACUUUUCUACAACCUCUUCUGGAUUUAUCUGUCUAUAAGUAUAAUUUACAAAAUUCGAUAAAGUUAAUAAUUAGGAAUACCAUUUAUCGUAGCAAUUAAAUAAAGCAAUGAAAUAAAAUUUAAUUUCAAGAAAAAAUACAUAAAUUUAAUGGGCGAAAAUUUGACAUUAGAAAAAAAAAUUAUAAACGAAAAAUUCCGAAAAUUGACUUGAGCCUUUCCCCCCCCCGAUACCGAACACAAGAGUUCUAACAUUUUUUUUGACUAGCCGUUUUGUGAAUUCCUAUAAUGUGUCAACGACGCUGUCCCAGAAAUACGAGUACAACCGUUGAACUACUAUACGUUUUGUUUUUUUCCACUGUAGGCCGAGGAAAAAAGAACAAAAACAUGGGUCCCAUGUUGGCCGCCGGCGCGGCCAUGAUAGUCGGCACGUUGAUGCCGCUGGCGUUCGGCGCUCUCUUCAUGUUGGCAGGUAAAGCCAUAAUGACCAGUAUGCUGGCCAUCACCAUAUCCGGCAUGCUGGGCCUGAAGACGAUGUUCGGCAAAUCGGAGUCCGUCCAGGCGGUCAAGUCUCUCUCGGCGCCGGCGCACCCGCUGCACUAUAACUCGGAGGCGCUUUACGAACAGGAAUCGACCGCGUACCGCAACAAUAAGGGACAGACCGAGGCGAAAGUCACAGAUUCCGGGACAGACUUCUUCGCGGGCGAGUCCAACACCAACGUGCACCGGGGCUAUUACAACGAUCCGAAACAGACGCAGCAGAGCCGUGGCGACGGACCGAAUCGACCGCAAUGGGACGUGGCCAACUCUGCAAAAUCCAUCAGCAACGACGGAGACUUCAACAAAAUCACGGCGGAGAAGAACGACGGCGCGUUUUGA